AAAAUAGAAAAAUGUGUUCUGGAGCUUAUUUGUAGUAUGAUGACCGCUUGCUAGCCUUAUAGGUAGGCAGCAGUCACGUAAACGAGACAGUAAUUUAACAAAACAUAUGAACGUUCGUUAGGUAUUAAUAGUGAAUUACCUGAGGACGAGAAUGAGUCGACGAAAUGAUCACUCUUUUUCUGAUUAUGGACCGCCGAAUACAUACACUGCUCAUGGAAGCAUCACACCAACCCAGGGAAGUGCAGGAACAACCCACCACACAAGACGCUCGACCGUAAACCCAGGUUCUUACAACUCUCAGCAAACAAGCAACUCAGAAAAAGCCGAGCUCUACGACCCAUAUGAUCCUAAUCCUGGCUCAUCAUCAGACUCUGAAGUGGAGCCUUCCAAAGGCAGGGAAGACCAUCACAGACACAGAGUUAGUGGAUGGAGCAGCCGCCUGAGUAGUGGAUAUCAAGGCUCUGCUUCAGUAGCUGGACAUCGUGAUGGCUUCAACUGGGAUUUGUUAUCCUCUCGGCCCAGUACCAGACAUGAGCAGUCCAGCCAUGAUCACGCAGAACGGCCGUUGCCCACGACAGAAACCCCACUAUUCCCCCUCAAUGCAUAUUGGGAGCAGGGGGGAAAUGGGAGAGAAAUGUCCACAACCACAGUAGCUGGCAAAGAGAGAAGAAAUCCACCAGGGUUUACCCGGUCCCACUGGGAUACCAACCCCAUUCAUGGCCAAUCAGAAUCUAGUGGAAGAGGAGGGGACCUAACCAAGUCACGCUCAGAGGUCACAAAGAAAAGAAGCAGAAGCCCAAAUGAGGACAUAUCGAGUGAUUUUUUCACCUGUGACAUGUGUAACUUGGAUCUCCAUAAAGCGAGCACCCUUGAGGUGCAUCUGAAGUGCAAUAGUCACUGGGAGACCCUGGAGCACAUCCAAAAUCAAAACAACUACGACGACACGGCAAUCGCAUUUUUGCAUGAGGCCAUGUUAACCAAAGUCCGGCAAGGUGAUAGACUGCAGAUGAACAGACAAAGCCUUAGAGCAUUGCAGGACAAGGAUUACAUGACAAAGUUAGAUAUUUUCCACUGUGCUCCUUGCCAAGUCUACGUCUCCGUACAUCCAUCAUCACUGCAGGAUCACCUGAGCUCCAAAGACCACCUGAGGAACAAAAUGGAAUUUAGAACAAAACAGUUGCUGGAAAGUGUGAACUUUGCGAAGGCCACCAUGAAACGAAUGAAUACCGAGUAUGCAAGCUUCUGUGAGGGCAAGGAUCCUUUUGAACAGUCAUCAUGAGGGCCAUGAAGAAUAGACCAACAGUUGAUGUGAACUGCUGUGGACAGCCAACAACCACAAAUCAAAAUCAACUAGACAAAGACCAAAUGGACAUAGUCUGUGCCCUUAGUGUUGAUGUUCAGUCGUAUGUAUCUCUGAACUAAUACAGGAUCAUCUUAACUAAUACAGAAUACCGGUUUUCCUUGAGAGUGGAGCAUCCAUUAGCUAGAUAUCACGUAGUUGAGAACAUGUAGUCAUGUAGUCAUAGUCAUAGUUUUGUGUUUGAUGUAGACAUUUUUUCACGUAAGAACAUCCAUUUGUAAUUUUGGACCUUUUUAUUUUUCAGUUGGUAAUUGAUUUAAUUUCAAUAGAUAUUGAAGCACAUUUUGCAAUGUUUUUCCCACAAUUAUCUUUUUCCAUUAGAACACCUGCUUUGAUUCAUUGAGAUUUAAGGAUAGAAAUACUGUAAUGUUUGGUUUCCUUGAAGAAAUAUGGUCUUUACAGGCUUUCCAACUUUGUAAUUUCUUAAUCAUUUAAAAAUAAUACCCAAACAAUAAAUGUUUUAAAGAAAAAUAA